AUGUCGUCCUUCCUCCCCGUGAACAACUCGACCCCAGAGGAUCACCCCAUGGACGGCGCGACAACUCCCCGUGCAAACCCUAACGGUGCGCCAGCCUCCCCGGCAGGGUCGCCGCCGGAGCAGCACCCGGACCCCAACUCCCAGACCAUCGACCGAGGGGCAGAGGGGCCAGCGGCGUCCUCACACACCAGAAACUCGUCGACAGCGACCGACGACCCGAUGCAUGACGACUCUGAAGAAGGAACCGACCAGGAAGGCGAGCCCGGAAGCACUGCCCCGCCAUCCAAGAAGAAAAAAGGCCAGCGCUUUUUCUGUACCGACUUCCCACCAUGCAACCUGAGCUUCACGCGCAGCGAACAUCUCGCCCGGCAUAUCCGGAAGCACACGGGCGAGCGGCCCUUUCAGUGUCACUGUUCCCGGCGGUUUUCUCGACUGGAUAACCUGCGUCAACAUGCUCAGACCGUACAUGUCAACGAGGAGAUCCCGGGAGAUUCGCUGGCGGCCACUGGCACACGGUUCCAGCGCCAGGUCCGGACCGACCGAGUACGGCCGCCGACUCGCGUACGAGCAGGGACGGUGGGCAGCCAGGGCGGCCACAGCCGUGGUCAUAGCCGGAACCUAUCAACCUCCAGCAUCACUUCAACCGCCUCGACAUACAGCCAGCCCCAGGAGCUUCGACGACGCCCUCCUCCGCUGAUCAUGGCCAACGAUCCCACAUCUCGGUCCCGAAUCCCGAUGGAUACGAUGGGAGAGCCACCCACCACGCCUCCGGGCCAAGUCCGCGGCGGCGUCGCUGUCGGGUCUCCCUACACUCCGUCGAAUGUCUAUUCAACGGGCGCUGGCAGCCCUCAUCAGUUUCAAUCGCCCAUGUCGGCCUCCCGACGUGGUUUCUGGGACGGCAAGACAGCAGCCCGUCGCCUCUCCGUGCCCACCGGCAGCAACCCUUUUAUGACACAGCAUGGCACUGCAUAUCCUCCCUCAUACACCACCUCACCGGCCAGCACGGCCUUUCCAACUUCUGCAGGCGUGUUCCCUAGCCCGACCAGUACCAAUUACUCGGUGUCCCGAGAUGAGAGCACCAUCAGCGCAGCUGAGGCGGAGAUGCGCAGGCGAACGUGGCAUCCCUCGUCUUACUCGGGAUUCGCACGCCCAGUCACCAGUGGCCUGAACUAUCCUGCGCCGGAUACCAUCCCGGCUCCGUUGAGCGGGAACGGACCGUCCGAGCAGACAACUCGGUUGCCUGGCAUCGAGAGUUUCGACAAGGUCAUCUCCCAGCAUCGACCUCUGACUCCUCCCACCCGAAAGUCAAGUCCGAUGCAGAUUGAUAGCCAUCAUCGCCCACCGCCCCCUCCGGGUCACGGCUUUGGGUCGGGCUACACCUACAACCAGCCAGCGGUGCGUCCACCACCGCCCAUGUCUGGACCAGGCCAUCGCCGGGGCCAUGUCUCGUGGGACAUGUCCCUGCACACCGGGAUUACGGGGCUGGAUAUCCGAGACCGCAAUUCCUCCCGAGACUGGAGCCAGCAGACCAUAGCCGAACUCCAGAAUGUCUCGUCCCGGCCAUCCUCCUCCUACCAACCCUCCCUCGGCCCAACGGCAGAAAAGAGCCCCGAAGAGCAUCGCAGCCACCACCACCACACCCACAGUUUCUCAUCGGCCAACCGGCCUACCCGCACAUCCCCCGAGGACUCCAGCAGCAGCGACGGCGUCCACACUCCCUCCACCGCCUCGGUCGAGUAUCACCCGGCGAUAGUGCACAGCAGCGGAUAUGUCGAGCCGCAUGAAUCCUCGCUGCCCUCCGACGCCCCACCGAUCUGUGGUCGUCGCGAGUCUAACGCCGAUGGCUACCGCGCUCCACCGGCGCGCGAGCCCCGCUCCGAAAUGUUCCCGGAUCCAUCUGCCCGGAAUACGGGCAUGGGCCGUCUCGAGGCUCUGGUGGCUGUCGCUACGAGCGAGAAUAAAGGGGCAGCCAAGUUGUUCCUGUAA